AUGUUCAUCUACUUCUUCACCUUCCCCACCUUCACUGCUGUUCUCGCCAUUGUCUGGGCCACACUCAUCCGAAGCCUGCGCCAGUGCAGUGGCUCAGCUAGGAGGUUCCUCUGUUCCAUAUGGUGUUGCCUGGGGCCAUGCUUGUGGUUGCAUUUAGCUGGCAGCUUGGCAGAGCUGGAGUGUUCUAGAUGGUUACCGGGGAUGACAGUGGGGGUGGGAAGGCAGCUGGGCUUCUCUCUCCAGCAGGGUAUUUGCGCUUCUUAUUUGCAGGGGACUAGGCUACAAACUGUGCUGGGUCUUAGCUGCUGUGAGGGCUUUUCUCUAGUUGCAGCAAGUGGGGACUACUCUAGUCGCGGAGCAUGGAUUUCUCAGUGUGGUGUCUUCUCUUAUGGUGGAGCACAAGCUCUAGAGCGCAGGCUCAGUAGUUGUGGCGCAUGGGAUUAG